AGCAAAACGUAAGUUUACUCUUUGAUUUGUUAAGAGGGACUAGGUUUGGUGGCUACUAAUUAGAAGGGGCUAAGUUUGUACGCUGAUAGCUAGCUACUCCCCCAAGGAGCAAGUUCACAGGCUUGAGCACUGGCUGGCUAGGGUUUAUGGCGUUCGAGAGUAAAAAGCUGAUAAACAAUCCUAAUGAUGUGGUAACUGAGUUCAUUGAGGGACUUGUAGAAACUUAUCCCGGGUUGCAGUAUUUGGAUGGCUUUCCAGAGGUCAAGGUUGUUUUACGUGCUGAUGUUUCACCUUCAACGUAUGACAAAGUUGCUGUUAUAUCAGGAGGUGGGAGUGGGCAUGAGCCUGCUCAUGCUGGAUUUGUCGGGGAUGGGAUGCUCACAGCAGCAAUCUGUGGCGAUGUUUUUGCCUCUCCGCCUGUUGCUUCAAUUCUUGCUGGCAUACGAGCAGUCACUGGGCCAAUGGGAUGCCUUCUAAUUGUCAAGAACUAUACUGGGGACCGCUUAAAUUUUGGAUUGGCAGCGGAGGAAGCUAAAGCUGAAGGUUACAAAGUAGAGAUGGUAAUCGUUGGAGAUGAUUGUGCACUGCCACCCCCGCUAGGCAUAGCUGGAAGAAGAGGCUUGGCUGGAACCAUUCUUGUUCAUAAGGUUGCAGGAGCAGCAGCUGCUUCUGGUCUUUCUCUUUCUGAGGUUGCUUCUGAAGCAAGGCAUGCAUGUGGAAUAGUUGGUACAAUGGGUGUUGCACUCUCAGUUUGCACGCUUCCUGGUCAGCCAAAAUCAGACCGUUUGGGACCAGGAAAAAUGGAGCUUGGUCUUGGAAUUCAUGGAGAACCUGGUGCUAUUGUAGCAGACAUCCAACCCGUGGAUUUGGUGGUAUCCCAUGUGCUCAAUCGUAUACUCUCAGAAGAAACUAACUAUGUUCCAAUUAAACGUGGGAGUCGUGUGGUACUCAUGAUUAAUGGAUUAGGAUCAACACCUGUAAUGGAAUUGAUGAUUGCUGCUGGAAAGGCAGUCCCUAUUUUACAGCUUGAACAUGGACUUGCUGUUGUCAGAGUAUAUACGGGCUCAUUUAUGACAUCUCUUGAUAUGGCAGGGUUUUCAAUAUCCAUAAUGAAGGCAGAAGCAGCAAUUUUAAAACGCCUAGAUGCUGCAACUAAGGCUCCACAUUGGCCUGUCGGAGUUGAUGGUGAUCACCCGCCUGCCAAGAUUCCUGUUCCAGUUCCAGUCCCACCUUCUCGUUCAACAAAGAGUCAUGAGCUAUUGAGUAGGCCACAAGAGCUUAAUGAGCAAGGUCGUGCGCUGGAGAUAGCAAUAGAAGCAGCAACACUUGCAAUUAUUAACCUUAAAGAUAGUUUAAAUGAGUGGGACAGCAAAGUGGGUGAUGGCGACUGUGGAUCAACAAUGUGUAGAGGAGCAACCGCUAUUCAAGAGGAUCUAAAGAAGUACUAUCCCCUGAACGAUGCUGCUGAAACGAUUAAUGAGAUAGGAUCAUCCAUCAGAAGAGUGAUGGGAGGAACAAGUGGAAUCCUGUAUGACAUAUUUUGCAAGGCGGCAUAUGCACAGUUGAAACCAAACAAUCAAUCAGAGAUUACACCACUACAAUGGGCUGAUGCGUUCGAGGGGGCUAUCAGUGCGGUUAUGUUAUAUGGUGGGGCUGCUGCUGGUUAUCGGACCAUGUUGGAUGCCCUUAUUCCAGCUUCAACGCUUCUUAAACAGAGGUUAACGAUUGGGGAUGAUCCUUUGGAUGCUUUUCUUACCUCAUCUCAUGCUGCGAUUGAAGGAGCAGAGUCCACUAAACACAUGGAAGCUCAGGCGGGUCGCUCAACAUAUGUCUCAACAGAUAUCCUUAAAUCAGUUCCGGAUCCAGGGGCCAUGGCUGCAGCUUCAUGGUACCGUGCAGCAGCUCUUGCUUUGAAACAAGCCUCUUUAUCCCCUUGAUCACAACUACUUUUUGUAGCUGACCUGAGUAUACUUUUUGUUAACCGUUCCAAAUCAACAUACAUACAUAUAUACACGACUUUAAACUAAUAUGAUUAUUGGAAAUCACAUGACUUUUAAAUGUCAUGGUCGUUUUAAGCU